CAAUGAAUACCUCAUGCAUUUCAAUCCGGAAGUGCGCAAAGAUUCUCACAGUCUCUUCAUUGAGAGACUACCCGGGCUAAAUUCUACUGAUCUUGAAUUCAAGGAGGAAAAAGGGGGCAUAUGAAUUUACUCCUUUUUUUGGUCUACUGUCUACCUUCCGUGAAUGUGUCCUUUUGGUCGGCCCCGCCAAGACGCUUAAAUAAUAACACCGAACCAAAAAGUCCUCAACACCAGCGGCGUUGGAUUGAUCUUCUACCUCGUCCUGCGCCGCACUCCCUCAAGAGCAUUCGCUUUACCAGUUCAUCAUGGCUCUCAACCCCCAGGUUACCAACCUCGUCAUCAUUUUGGCGUUUAUGCAAAUAUCCAAGAGGAUACCGUUCGAUGAUCCAAAUGUCCUGAAUGCGGUCCGCGCCCUCUACGUCGUCUCCAACCUUGUCAUCGCCGGCAUCUACCUCUACGUCCAGGCGCAAAUCAACAAGGAGAAUGACAUGACCGUCGUGAAAUACGUCGAGCCCGCGCCCAUGGGAUCCGGCGAGGAACCCAAAUUCGUCGCCACGACCGUCAAAGCGUACGACCUGCAACAAUUGCGUCAGCUGUUCAAGAACCAGCUCAUGGGCGUCGGCAUGAUGGCCUUCAUGCACUUGUACCUGAAAUACACAAACCCGCUCCUCAUCCAGUCCAUCAUUCCUCUGAAGGGCGCCUUCGAGGGCAACCUGGUCAAGAUCCAUCUGUUGGGUCAUCCCGCGACGGGCGAUCUCCAGCGCCCGUGGAAGGUGGCCUCCGGCUUCAUGGGUGCGAUGCAGGGUGGUGAGAUCAAGACGGAUAAGAAGAGUAUCGAGGCGGCUGAGAGGGCUGGACGUGGUGGCGUCAAGGAUGAGUAAAACGCCUCCCGGUUUCAUGAGCGGCUGUGCGGGCUGGGCUUGGGCUUCUGGCUGCUAUUGGUUAUACUCCGCGAUGUGUUCUUCUUGAUCAAACCCUCUGCAUCUUCCUCUGUGCGUGUACGAUACAUAGAGUCGCGUGGCUUUGCCUCUGAAAAUGUUCUCUGAGGACGUAUAGAAUUUGCAUUCCUCAAUCUUAUCAGAUUUGCUAGACCUGCUUCGACUCGUCUACGAGC